CAGCUCCUGGGGCGCCCCGGUGUUUACACGGGGUCCGGUUGCGAGCCGGGAGCGGGCGCCGGGCCGAGGAGGGGCCGGAGCGACGGGAGCAGCUGGGCGGCUCCGCCCGGUAUUAAUAGACAUUCCUAAGAAACGCCGGCGGAGGGAGCGGCGCCGCGCUAAAUAAGGCAGCGGGCGCGGGCUGGGCCGGCCGGGCGGGGGCGGGGGGCUCCGCGGAGUCCGCACUGACUCCGGAGCGGGAUCGGGAUCGGGACCGGGCUGCCCGCGCCUGGAUCCGGGUUCCCGGGCGGAGGCGGAGCCGGGCAGGGAGGGUCCGAGGAGGAGCCGCGGCCCGGCGGCCAUCGCAGCCCGGUGCUGGUGCCGGUGCCGGUGCCGGUGCCGGUGCCGCGGGGAGCGGCGCCCGCAGCCAUGGCCGCCCGCAUCCUGCACCGCCUGCGGCACGCCCUGGAGGGCGCGGGCGCGGGCGCGGGCGCGGGCGGCGGCGCGGGGCCGGGGCCCGAGGACUGCCCCGAGAGCUCGGAGCUGGAGGAUGACACGGAGGGGCUGUCCACGCGGCUCAGCGGCACCCUCAGCUUCUCCAGCCACGACGAGGACGGGGACGAGGACGGGGACGAGGGCGAGGACGGGGAUGGGGGCGAGGACGGGGGUGACCAGGCCGCCCCGGGGCCGCCGGGAGACGCCGCAGCGGCGGGGAGCGGAGGCUGGAGCGAGCGCCCGGGCAGCAGCCUGCUGACACGCCAGCUCCAGGACCUGUGGCGGAGGUCGCGCAGCUCGCUGGUGCCGCAGCGCCUGCUCUUCGAGGUCACCAACGCCAGCGUGGUCAGCGAGCGCUCCUCCAAAUACGUGCUCUACACCAUCUACCUGAUCCGCUCGGGCCAGUUCGACAAGGCGCCCGCCAUCAUUGCCCGGCGCUACUCGGACUUCGAGCGCCUGAACCGGCGCCUGCGCGGGCAGUUCGGCAGCGACCUGGCAGGCAUUGCCUUCCCCCGCAAGCGGCUGCGGCGCAACUUCACGGCCGAGACCAUCGCCAAGCGCAGCCGCGCCUUCGAGCAGUUCCUGUCCCACCUGCACGCCAUGGCCGAGGUGCGGCGCUGCCCCGCCUUCCUGGAGUUCUUCUUCCUGCGCGACCUGCAGACUGCGCAGCGCCUCACCUGCAGCGGCAUGUACCGCGAGGCCCUGGCCGCCUGGAGCAACGCCUACCGGCUGCAAGACAAGCUGGCCGUCUGCAGCUCGGGCCGCUUCCUGCUCACGUUGGCCGGCCUGGCCGUGUGCCAGCAGGAGCUGGACCAGCUCGGCGAGGCGCACCGCCACUGCGAGCAGGCCCUGCAGCUGCUGGAGACCCAGCACGGCCACCCGCUGCUGGGGCCCUUCCUCCAGGCCCACGUGCACCUGUCCUGGAGGGUGGGCAAGGACAAGCGCCGGUCGGAGGCCCGGCUGCAGGCCCUGCAGGAGGCAGGGGUGGUGCUGGACCAGCAGCCCUCCCUGAAGGAGUUCCUCAUCAAGGAGACGCUGGACUGAGGCCGGGGGGCCGCAGCGGCAGGUGUGCUCGGGACGGGGAAGGCAGCCUGGCCGGCCCCAGGCCUGGCCCUGCUGGAGAAUGUGGCCAGCAUGCCGCUCCGCUGCUGGGCUCCUGGGAGAAGCCCUUCAACAGCUGGCCCUAAGGGCUCGUUCCCUGGGCUGGGGACUCGGCCCCCCUGCGCUCGGGGCUGCCGGAGCUCCCCGGUGGGCGCUGCUGGGACCAAGGAGGUUCCAGACGGGAUGGUCUGGCGCCAGGCAGACAGGCCUGGACAGCUCUGGCCAGACCCGGGGAUUGUGCUGGGGGCUUUGAACCGUGGGACUUGAAGUCUUGGUAGGAAAAGGGACAGGGACUCUCCUCCCCUCCCACACCCCCCCAGGGGGCAGAUCCCUGCCUAACAGCCCCAGGCCAGCUGCCCUCCUAUUGGCUGAUUGCCAGUCCUGCGCUUUUGCCCCUGCUUAGGUAGGAGUCCUCCUCCACGCCGGGGCCUGCCAGGCUCUGCAAACCACACACGGACCCCUGGAGCCCAGCUCCACGUAUCCAGCGAGUCCGUAUGCAGCCAGGGGCAGCGCUGGAUGCAGGGUGGGAACAGGAGAACUGAGAAAGGGAAGCAGUGUGCACUCUGCACCAACAACCCCCAGCCAGGCAGCUCUGCAAGAGGUGCUCAGCAGUGGCCAGGGCAGAGCAGCCCCAAGCCAGGAUCUCCCCGUGCCACCCCCCACCCCCUCCAUGGUCCCUGCAACUGUGCUGGGGGCACUGCCCCGCUGGGCACAGCCGGGCACGAGGUACCGACUCCACGCAGAAGCUGCCGCAGCUGCUUUAUUAGAAGGGGGGAGGGGGAGCGAGGCAGAGACAGCAGCUGCCAGUCCAGUGUGUAACUAACCAUCAAUAAACGUGACGCAAGCGCA